GAAAGAAACCACCCACGCAUCAGAGCCGCCAAGGCGACUGUUUCUCCACGGCCACGGCUCCACCCUCCACUUGUUGAAAGACUCCGCCGCUCCGCCCCCUACCGCCAGUCUCCCGCUAUUUAUCGGAGGGCACCCUCCGUGCUUAAACCCCUUGCGCUCCCCCUGGAUUACACUUCCCCUCAUGCUGUUCUCCCUGCCUGCUGCUCCUCCUAGAUCGAUUACACUUUCCUUCCUCGGCCCAACUGCUGCACCUUUGCCCGGAGCGGCGUCUUUUUUGUUGCGCGCGCUAGCUUAAUUGAUUCGGUUCCCGCCGCGUGCCUCGGUCGAUGGCGGAGGCGCUGGGAGCGCUUUGCCGCGGCGGAGGAUGGUCCUAUGCGGCGAUCUGGAGCACCGACCGUCGCGACCCAAGGUUGCUCACCAUAGGAGAGUGCCACUGCGAAGAUGAAGCCCGAAAAGUUGUUGAGAAUAUGCUUAAUCAGGUCCAUGUUGUUGGAGAAGGCAUCAUAGGAUCAGCUCUAGCAAGUGGGGAGUGCCGAUGGAUUUCCGAUGACAUUUUCUUUAAUUUGGUUCAGACAUGCAACACAGACAACCUAAGCUUAUUUCAGGGCUAUACUUGGUGGCAACAUCAGUUCCUAAGCGGAAUAAAGACUAUUGCAGUAAUACCUAUCCCGACACUUGGUGUGGCACAGUUCGGCUCAACACAAAAGGUUUCUGAGAGCUUAGAGUUUCUGGACCAUGUUAAAGGUACAUUUAGUGGAAGAGAAAGCAUCUUAUGGGAUCCUUCAACCAAACAUAUCCGUAAAUUCCCUCAUAAUUCUCAAUGUCAACUCAGUUCUCUGAGCACAGAAGGUCUUGUGCCUAUCAAGGCUGACCCGGAAAACAAGAAACUUCCUGAAAACACAGUAGCCGUAGAAUCUCUUGGGAGUUUAGUUAGUAGUUCAAGCAAUUAUUCUCCGAGCUCUUCAAAUGGUUUCACCUCCUUCGGAAGUUGCAAUGGUCUAAAUCCUCAUAUAGUGGCCAUGCCAGUGAACUCCAAGUCAAUAAAUGCGGUCAGAGUAUUUCAUAAUGUCAGCAAUUUGAUGCAGCACAAUAUUGGUUCAGAAAAUCAAUUACAGAUUCAAUAUAGUAAACAGCCUGAUUCUUGUUUAGCAAGUGCAACCACAUCUUAUUCCGGUUUGAACAAUCUUCCAAGAAUAGAGCAUGAGCUGUCAUGUGCACCUAACAAGCAAGGAUAUUAUCCCCAAAGUGAAAAACUAUCAAAUUACCACAACUCAUUCUCAGCCUGUUUUCCUGAGGGUGAUGAGCUGAAACCCAUGUUAUUUGACAACAACAGCUCUAUUGCUCAAAAUAACCUAAUGCAAGAAGCCAAGGCCAAUGGAUUUACAUCUCAGACUGAUUGUGCAGUCCAUGAAUUGCCUAAUGAAACAUUAGGAGAAACUGCUGUAGAUACGGUAAAUUGUGGCAGAAAAGGGGACAAUGGAAAUAGCAAUUUGCUCGAAAGUAUGAUAUUCGAUCCCCUCACGCAUGAUUGGUGGGAUGACAGUGUCCUAUUAGCAGGAAAUGUUCCACAUUUCGGUGCCACUACCACAGUCCCUGUUACAGAACAGACAAAAAGUGCUCCGUUAUCAAUUGAAGGGAGGGGGUUGUUUUCGGAAUCUGCCCUUGAAGAACUGCUUGGUGCCAGUCCUGCUGUGGCUAGCAGUGAUCCAUUAGCCGAUUGUUUCUCAGGCUGUGAAUUACCAGGGUAUGCCCAUCAAGACUCUUACUCAUUGUGCAAGGAACAAGUACCGACAUCAAACUUCCCUUCCAGCAGCCAUACAUCUGAGAAUAUGUCAAAUGGAGUAUCAAAGGCAAUCCCAGUGUCCCUGGCGAAUUUAUCUAUGGAUGAUUGCUGCAGUUUGAACACUGCAAAUUCCAUGGUCGGACAAGUAAAGAAUCCUGAGGGAGCAAAGGCUAUAAAGAAAAGGGCUAGACCAGGUGAGAGCACGCGGCCAAGACCAAAGGACCGGCAGCAGAUACAAGAUCGUGUCAAGGAAUUGCGUGAGAUAGUCCCGAACAGUGCAAAGUGUAGCAUUGAUGCUUUGUUGGACCGAACAAUCAAGCACAUGAUUUUUCUACAAGGUGUAACAAAGUAUGCAGAGAAAAUUAAGCAAGCCGAUGAACCCAAGAUGAUCAGCAAGGAUAGUGGUUCUGUCUUGAGAGAUAACUCAAGUGGUGUUGUCUUGAAAGAUAACUCCAGUGCUGCAAGCAAUGGUGGUGCCACGUGGGCCUAUGAGGUUGCAGGACAGACUAUGGUUUGCCCAAUAAUUGUAGAGGAUCUUGCACCACCUGGUCAAAUGCUUGUGGAGAUGCUAUGUGAGGAACGGGGCUUUUUUCUAGAGAUAGCAGACACCAUACGUGGAUUUGGACUGACAAUCUUGAAGGGGCUGAUGGAACUCCGUGAUGGCAAGAUAAUGGCGCGAUUUCUUGUCGAGGCAAACAAGAACGUGACUAGGAUGGACAUAUUUCUGUCACUUGUUCAGUUACUACAGCAAAAUAGCCUCAAUAGAUCUUCUGACCAGCUAGCUAAGGUAAUAAGUAAUGGGGUUCCAUCUUUCGCGGAGCAUCAGCAAUCUCCAAUAUCGAUCCCAGUUGGCCUUGCCGAGAGAUAACAGCGAAUAAACAUUCAGAGUGCUGAACUGUGCUUGAUGUUGACUGUCAGGCGUUGAUAGGAAUGGCAAGUUCGAGAUGUAGCGAAUGUGCAUUGCGGCGUGAAAAAAUAAAUCAGUUACUAGUAUUCAUCAGAAGAUGUAGAAGGUUUCUCAUUUAAUUUUGUGUAGCCAAUUUAGAAAUGUCAAGGCAGCUGUUGUAAUUGGGACACUGGUGUAAAUGUAUGUUGCUUGUUCUUGUGCAGUGACUAUUGAUGUUUUUUUUACCAAGAAUCGAGUUGUCUUGGCGGUUCUGUUA